UGUAUUUAAAAGGUCCAGCUCGUGAAUCGCUCCUCAUCGCUCCUCGCUCACGGGGCUGCUGUCAGGUAUACUGUCAUGUAGGCUGGUGUCGCUCUCGAAACCCAAAGCGCUCUGAAACACCAGCAAAACCGACGCGGGAUGCGAACAUGGCGAGACUCUUCGGCCGCGUGCUGCUGCUGUCGGUGCGGCUCGUGGUGAAGCUGCGCGCCGCGGGCUAUUGGGCACUGAUCUACGGAUGCUGCGGCCUGUGCGCGCUCCUGGCGCUGCUCCGCCUCUGCUGGAACGUGCUUAUGAGGCCGACCGCGACCUUCCGCUGGACUGUGCGUGAGACCCCGCCGCCCUGCCUCAACGACACGUCCUUGGGAACGCACUGCUACGUCAGGAUCAAGGAGUCUGGCCUCAGAUUUCACUACGUAGCUGCGGGCGAGCGGGGCAAACCACUUAUGCUGUUCCUGCACGGAUUCCCCGAGUUUUGGUUCUCAUGGAGGCACCAGCUGAGGGAGUUUAAGAGCGAGUUUCGUGUGGUGGCUGUGGACAUGAGAGGCUAUGGCGAAUCUGACCUGCCUCCCUCCACUGACUGCUACCGGCUUGACUACCUCGUCACUGACGUCAAGGACAUUGUAGAGUAUCUGGGAUACAACAGAUGUUUCCUGGUGGGCCACGACUGGGGCGGCAUCAUUGCGUGGCUUUUCGCUAUUCAUUAUCCUGAGAUGGUGGUGAAGCUGGUCGUGCUGAACAGCCCUCAUCCGUGUGUGUUCGCUGAUUAUGCUCUUCGCCACCCCAGUCAGAUGCUCAAGUCCAGUUACUUCUUUUUUUUCCAACUUCCACGCUUUCCAGAGGUUAUGCUUUCCAUCAACGACUUUAAGGCACUGAAGAGUCUGUAUACGAGCCGGAGCACUGGGAUCGGGCUUAAGGGCCGUUGGCUAACUGCUGAAGAACUUGAGGCCUACCUGUAUGCCCUGUCGCAGCCCGGAGCCCUUACAGCUGCCCUCAACUAUUAUAGAAAUGUGUUCAGUUUCCUCCCCCUCAAACAGAGUGAGGUACGCUCACCGGUGCUGCUCUUGUGGGGUGAAAGGGACGCCUUCCUCGAGCAGGACAUGGCCGAGGCCUGUCGCCUCUACAUCCGCAACCACUUCCGCCUGAACAUCAUCUCCGGUGCCAGCCACUGGCUUCAGCAGGACCAGCCCGACAUAGUCAACACACUUAUAUGGACAUUCCUUAAAGAGGGAGAGGGAAGGAAAAACUACAGGAACUGAGAAAAGCCUUGUUUUACCCUACACCUCGGCCUGCACACCUUCUGAUUAAUGCAAGCAUCCUGUCUAAUUCAGCACAGCUUGGAUGUUAAUAAAACACUAAUGUGAAGCUUAGAAGUGAAUAAAAAGAAGCACAUUUUAAUAGGACCGGUUAAAUAGAGAGUAGAGUGUCUGGUUGAUGUUACUCAAAUUUUUUGCACAUGACAUUCGCCUUAAACUUUGUUGGUGACAACAUUUGUGUGUGGCAAAGUCUCUUUGUGAGUGAGUUGUAUUGUGUGGUGCCUUUUUUGACUUGAACUUGUACCAUGUUGCGAGAUAACAAAUGUGCCAUGUGUGUGGAGUUUAAGCUGUGGGAUCGCUACGCUGUAAACCAGACAAAUCUUUCGAGACCCCUAGAAUCGCUCAACUUCUUUCAGGUAGUGUUGUCUUAAUGAAUAAAUAUUGUUCUCCUUUUUAUUGUAUUUUUUAAUAACACUUGGCUCAGAUAAUUGAGAAUGUGAUCCUUCAGUAUGUUAAAAUGAAAGUGAUGUUUAAUUAUUGUACUUUUUUUAAAUCUCUUCCUACACGCUGCAUAUAAGAACGCCACUAAACCAGCUCUGCGCCAUUUCGGUUUUAUAAGCAAAUAAACAAUAGCUAAAACAUCGUGUACA